AAUUACAUUCCUAUUGUUGUUAUUUUAUUUCUAACAAUAUGAGUAAUAAAAAAGAAAAGGAGGAAGAGAAGCCAAUAGUUGCUAAAACAGCAGUGGAUUUGCAAAGAUUAAAAUUAAUGAAGUUAAUGAAAAAUCCAGACAAACCUAUUGUAUUACCAGAACGACCUAAACCUAAAAAUACACCAACAGUACCAGAAUUUGUUCGAAAUGUAAUGGGUAGUAGUGCUGGUGCUGGUAGCGGAGAAUUUCAUGUCUACAGACAUUUGCGUCGUAAAGAAUAUGCAAGACAAAAAUUUAUUCAAGAGAAAGGUCAUAAGGAACUUUUGGACGCUCAAUAUCAUGAAAAGUUAGAGCAAAAUAGAAAAUUGGCAGAGGAAGCAACUGCAAAAAAACGGGCCAAAAGAUUAAAAAGGAAACAAAAGAUGAGAGGAAAGAAAAAAAUGAAAAGUACAAAUGUUGAAAACAACAAUAAAGAAAAUAGUGAUAAUAUACAUAGCGAGACAGAGGAUAGUGAUUCGGCAGAAGAAACUAAUGAUACUAAUGAAGUACGGUCUGAUGUUAAUUGCGAUGAAGUGACUAUUAAAAGUAAAAUUCAUUUAGAGACAGAACAAUUAAAAGAAGUGGAAAAUAAUAAAGAUGAGUCUGAAGUUACAUGUAAAGAUACUAUAAAUGAUACAACUUCUACAGAAGUAGAACAAGAUCAAGAAAAUAAUACAAUAUUAAAUGAAUCUGUGAAAAAAGAGACAAAGGAAGAUAAAUAAGAUGAAUAUAUAUAUAUGAAACAAAGUGAAACGUAAUAAGAAAGAAAAAACAUACUCUAAAUGUAGAAUCUUCUUAUUUCCAAGAAAUUAUUACCAAAUGUUAUUUUUCCCUUUUUUAUAUAUAUAUAUAUAUAUAUAUAUAUAUAUAUAUAUAUUUAUUAAUACAAAUAAAAAAUGCAUUUUGUAACAAUCUAGUUUGAUUAUAAAUUAAAUUACAGAACGAAUGAUCGUUUAAUAAUAUAUUAAUUAUUAAAUAUAAAUGGAUCAAUUCUAUCUAUAGUUUAUAAUCACAUUAUACUUAAACUAUCUAAAUUAUCAUAAUGACUUGUUCUAUCAAAUAAAUUAGCUAAUGUAUUAGCAAUUCGUUGAUCUUGCGAUGAUUUGGCAAUUUUAACACACUUUUCUAAAUGCGCUUUAGCUUCUAUUAAAUUUCCAACUUUUUCUGGCAAUAUGUUUUCCUGUAAUUGUAUACAAACAUAUUGUAUAUUGUAUAUAUUGUAUAUUAUAACAUCUUUUGUAAAUUAUCAUAUGUAAAAUAAAUGUCACAUUUUUUUUUUAUAUACAA